UGUGCAGAUACUAUGCUAUUAGGCUAUAUGCUGCUUGGGAAUGAUCAACUCGCAUAGCGUUAGUAAAAAGAACAACAAAAAGUUGUCUAGCUACAGGUUUUCAGUCCAGUUAACACAGUAGACAGCAGUUAACUGGAUCUGAACCCUCAAUGACUUGGAAGAUAUCAAGAGGCUAGUGUUCUCACUGCCAGUGGGCAUGGUGGAUGUGCCAACAUCCUGUCAACAUGGAAACACUCUCCAUAUCAGCUGUGCUUUGCAGGAAUUCUAAGAUUGGGAUUGACCAUGUGAAGUUCUACAAGCAUUUAUUUGCUUAAGUGCUACUCCAGAUGUGUUAUCUCUAAUCAGAAAGAGGCUGUUAAAGGCUGUGGCCACGUCAGAUAUAAAUUAAAUGCCUUUUUGAAACGUUUUUGGUAGAUGCUUUGUUUAGCAUUCUUACUGUGUCUGUGGGUUCUAAGUAUGCUUCUAGAUUGGAGCUGAUAUCGGAAUCAAACACACGCUGCCUUUCUUGGUCUGGUCAUUAUUUUACAUCAGUGGUCAUUCUCUUACUCUAAUCUCUGUUCUGUUUUCUAUAUGCACAACAUUUUCACAAAGGGGGGGUGUAUUGCAAUGGCCUGAGGAUUGGAUGGACCUUUGUAGCAUCCCUCAUACCGCCCAUCUGUCCAUUGUAGGCUUGUGGUGCUGCUGUCCUUUGCAAUUUGUUAGAUUUGCGUAGUGGGUUAGGAUUGUUUCUCUGCACAUAAAACCAACAUUUUCUCAUGGAGUAGCUUUUGCCAUUACCUGGUGGUUAUUCCUAUUUGACAUAAGACAUGUUGAUUUAUUGGGGGAAAAGAUGCACGUUAAACACGUUGUUUCCAAUAUGGUCCCCAAUGGAAUAAGCACAAUGCAGACAAAACAAAAAUAGGUUUUGUGGUGAUAAUAUUCUGGGGGAAGAAGUGUCUCUCUUGGCAGGUGCCUCACAUUUCCAUGGCUGGCUCCAAGACAGAACAGGAAAUGCGAAUUGAAUAGACCUUUGUGCUGUCUAGUGAAGUAACCCCACCAUGCGUGAAUACAAGCUUGUGGUGUUAGGCUCCGGCGGUGUCGGCAAAUCUGCACUGACUGUCCAAUUUGUACAAGGUAUUUUUGUGGAAAAAUAUGACCCCACAAUAGAAGACUCCUACAGAAAGCAAGUUGAAGUGGACGGGCAGCAAUGCAUGCUUGAAAUCCUUGACACAGCUGGAACAGAGCAGUUCACAGCAAUGAGGGACCUGUACAUGAAGAACGGUCAAGGCUUCGCUCUUGUAUACUCCAUCACUGCACAGUCCACGUUUAACGACCUACAGGACCUGAGGGAACAGAUCCUGAGAGUAAAGGACACUGAGGAUGUCCCCAUGAUCCUGGUAGGCAACAAGUGUGACCUGGAGGAUGAGCGUGUGGUGGGCAAAGAGCAGGGACAGAACCUGGCCAGACAGUGGAACAACUGUGCCUUUCUAGAGUCCUCCGCUAAAUCAAAGAUCAACGUUAAUGAGAUUUUCUAUGACCUGGUCAGACAGAUCAAUAGGAAAACGCCGAUAGAAAAGAAGAAAGCAAAGAAGAAGUCAAAUUGCACACUGCUCUAAAGUUCUUACUUGCAGCAGCUCUGAGCCAGGAAACUGAAUUACACAACUGUUGCCCAUUUGGAAGGUGCCAGCAUUCCAAGACCUUUCAACAACGUUUGGAGAAGUUUGAUAAAGGCAGACAAGUAAUUAUCUUCCUCACCACUCUAAUAAUGGAGGAUUCUUCUUCUUUGAUACUCUUCUCUGCUUCUUAAUGGUUACAGAUCUUUUUGUCUUUUUAAAAUGUUGUCAAUGGGUCAGCCUUGUGAGGAAGAGUUUUGCCUUUCCCCUGUUUUGGAAAUUAUAAUUUAAAAGAAGAGACCACCAUGCAGAUUUGGGGAAUUAGGUUGUUUUGAUUGCAAAAUAUUGUCAGAUCUUCGGCACAUUUCAAAUGACAAAACGUUUGCAAAAUAAAUCAUGGGAAAUGUUGGCCUUUUUCAUUACCAUACCCUUCUGCACUAAUUGUGUCAACAGUAAUGCAUCAAUGUCCAUAUGUUUUCUUUCUCCUACUACUCUUAAGUACUUUUAUUCAUCAAAUAACAUAUUUCCUAAGUGACUUUGUUUUAAUGGAAGCUGUAAGGCUUUCAUAUUUCCCAUAAUAUAUUCUGAUUACUUUUUUGCAUAAUGCUGUGGAAAAUGUAUAUUUUAUAGAAUGGGGGAAAUGAAGAGACUUGAUUUGUUUGUCUUGAGGCUGAAAAUAUAUUGUACUAAAAACCAACUCUAAUAUUGCUUCUUGUUACCCUGUCACAAAAGAUUUUCCAGCUUUUAUGAAUGAUAAAAUUUUAGUACAUUUUCAUUA